ACCGGCAGCGGCGCGCCUGGCAGCUGUAUUCCGUCGUUGUGAUUGGGCGGAGGGCGGCGAUUCCUUCUGUCACGAUUUGGGUCGCUCCCACCGGAGGACACCGAAAGCCCGGGUCCAGUACAUCAGAGGAGACUGGGCUCACCGGGAGCAGAGAGCUUCUUCCUACAGGGCUGGACUGACAACUCGCUGCGUGCCCGCCUGCGGUGGCGAGGAGAGGAGAAAAGAGAGAUCGCCAGCUCUGAAACGACUUGCCUUUCUUCUGUCGGGUGCUGCGGUAAGAGUCGUUCACCAUGCCGGUGUUUCACACCAAGACCAUCGAGAGUAUCCUGGAGCCGGUGGCCCAGCAGAUAUCCCACCUGGUCAUCAUGCACGAGGAGGGGGAGGUGGACGGGAAAGCAAUUCCGGAUCUGACGGUACCGGUGGCUGCGGUGCAGGCGGCAGUCAGCAACCUUGUGCGGGUGGGAAAAGAAACAGUUCAAACCACAGAAGACCAAGUGAUGAAGAGAGACAUGCCACCUGCUUUUAUUAAGGUGGAGAACUCAUGUUCCAAGCUCGUCCAGGCGGCUCAGAUGUUAAAGUCAGAUCCAUACUCUGUUCCUGCCCGGGAUUACUUGAUCGAUGGAUCCAGAGGGAUCCUCUCGGGAACAUCAGACCUGCUCCUUACCUUUGAUGAAGCAGAGGUGCGUAAAAUAAUCCGUGUGUGUAAAGGUAUCCUAGAGUAUCUGACGGUUGCUGAAGUGGUGGAGACAAUGGAGGACCUCAUCACUUACACCAAAAACCUUGGACCAGGGAUGACCAAAAUGUCAAAGAUGAUUGAGGAGAGGCAGCAGGAGCUGACCCACCAAGAGCACAGACAAAUGCUCGUCAGUUCCAUGAACACCAUAAAGGAGCUGCUCCCGGUCCUUAUCUCGGCCAUAAAAAUUUUUGUAGCAACCAAGAGCACUCGUGGUGCCGGUGUGGAGGAGGCAGAGAGGAACAGAAGGUUUACUUUUGAAAAGAUGAGCACCGAAAUCAACGAGAUCAUUCGAGUCUUACAGCUCACAACAUGGGAUGAAGACGCAUGGGCCAAUAAGCAGGACAUGGAGGCUUUGAAGAGAUCUCUGGCUUUGAUUGAGUCAAGGAUGGCACAAGCUAAAAGCUGGCUCAAAGACCCUCAUGGGCAACCUGGAGACUCUGGUGAGCUGGCACUGCGAGUUAUUCUAGACGAAGCUGGUAAAGUGGGAGAACUGUGUGCUGGGAAAGAGAGGAAAGACGUUCUGGCGACCACUAAGGCUCUUGGACAAAUGACUGAUCAGAUUGCAGAUCUACGAGCCAGAGGUCAGGGACCAACCCCCGGUUGUGUGCAGCGUGCAGGACAGUGCUCACAGGGCUUAGAUUUGUUAUAUGGCAAAGUGGACAGUGCUGCACGCAGACUGGAGGCAUUGAUCAGUGCAAAGCAGGCUAUUGCCAGGAAGCUGGACGCUGCACAGGCAUGGCUGGCUGAUCCCAAUGGGGGUCCGGAGGGGGAAGAGAACAUCAGAGCCUUGCUGGCAGAAGCCAAACGUAUAGCAGAUCUAUGUGAGGACCCCAAAGAGAGAGAUGACAUCCUGCGCUCCAUCAGUGAGAUUGUUGGGCUCACCACUAGGCUUGCAGAGCUCCGCAAACAGGGUAAAGGUGACAGCCCAGAAGCUCGUGCACUCGCAAAGCAGAUAGGAGGAGCCCUCCUGACCCUUCAGUCCAAAACCAAUCGGGCUGUGGCCAACAUGAGACCAGCCAAGCCUGCUGUGACCUUGGAGGGCAAAAUGGAGCAGGCCCUGCGCUGGGUGAACAACCCAGGUGUUGAUGACAGAGGCGUAGAGUGUGAGAGGAUUCAAUGGAUUACAGGUCAGGCAGCAAUCAGAGGAAUGGUUGGGGAGGGAAGGAGGCUGGCAGCAGGAUUGUUAGGCCCGUACCGACAGGAUAUGAUCGGACGCUGCGACCGAACAGAGGGGCUGAUGGCUGCUUUAGCAGACAUGGCAGGCAGGGGGGAGGCUGAGGCACCCCAUGCACGAGUGACAGCUGCACAACUGCAGGAUUCCCUCAAGGACCUGAGACAACACAUGCAGGAGGUGAUGACCCAGGAUGUAUCAGAUGUUUUCAGUGACACCACGACCCCAAUCAAGCUACUAGCUGUGGCUGCAACUGCUCCACCUGAUGCCCCCAACAGAGAGGAGGUUUUUGAUGAGCGUGCAGGAAAUUUUGAAACCCAUGCAAGUCGUUUGGGAGCGACUGCAGAGAAGGCUGCUGCUGUGGGAACGGCCAAUAAAAGUACAGUAGAGGGCAUCCAUGCUACUGUGAAACAUGCCAGGGAGCUUACGCCGCAGGUGACCUCCGCUGCUCGGAUUUUACUUAGAAAUCCUGGGAACAAAGCAGCUUACGAGCAUUUCGACACCAUGAAGAACCAAUGGAUUGAUAAUGUGGAGAGACUCACUGGUUUGGUGGAUGAAGCCAUUGACACCAAAUCUCUGCUAGACGCUUCUGAGGAGGCAAUAAAGAAAGAUAUUGACAAGUGUAGGGUUGCAAUGGCGAACGUUCAGCCUCAAAUGCUUGUUGCCGGGGCAACAAGCAUAGCAAGACGAGCUAACAGGGUCCUGUUAGUGGCCAAGAGGGAAGUUGAAAACUCAGAGGAUCCGCGGUUCCGAGACUGCGUAAAGCACGCAUCCGACAUCCUCUCACACACAAUCUCACCAAUGGUGAUGGACGCCAAGGCGGUGGCUGGGAACAUUCAAGACAAAGCUCUACAAAAAGCAUAUUUGGACUCAUGUUUGAGGAUCCUGGCUGCAGUAGGAAAAGUUAGAGAAGCUUUUCAGCCUCAGGAACCAGACUUCCCUCCUCCACCCCCUGACCUGGAUCAGCUCCAUGUGAGUGAUGAGCAGGCUCCACCCAAACCCCCCUUACCGGAAGGAGAAGUGCCUCCACCCCGGCCUCCUCCACCAGAGGAAAAGGACGAGGAGUUUCCGGAGCAGAAAGCGGGCGAGGUGCUCAGCGAGCCCAUGAUGGUGGCGGCACGUCAGCUGCAUGACGAGGCACGCAAGUGGUCGAGCAAGCCUGAGGAUGAGGAGGCAAUAGAGGAGAGGGAGGUAGAUGAUGAAGAUGAGUUUACUGAUGGUGAGGAUGACUAUGAGCCAGAACUGCUGAUGAUGCCGUCCAACCAGCCUGUCAAUCAACCCAUUCUGGCAGCUGCCCAGUCUCUCCACCAGGAGGCGCGCAAGUGGUCCAGCAAGGGUAACGACAUCAUAGCAGCAGCCAAGAGGAUGGCUCUGCUCAUGGCAGAAAUGUCUCGGCUGGUGCGCGGCGGGAGCGGGAACAAAAGAGCCCUGAUUCAAUGCGCUAAGGACAUCGCCAAGGCUUCGGAUGAAGUCACAAGACUGGCCAAAGAGGUGGCAAAACAGUGCACUGACAGGCGAAUCAGAACUAACCUGCUCCAGGUCUGUGAGCGGAUCCCUACCAUCAGUACUCAGCUGAAGAUCCUCUCCACCGUCAAAGCCACCAUGCUGGGCCGCACAAACAUCAGUGAAGAGGAGUCAGAGCAGGCCACUGAAAUGCUGGUUCACAAUGCCCAAAAUCUGAUGCAGUCGGUGAAGGAGACGGUCAGAGAAGCAGAAGCAGCCUCCAUCAAGAUCCGCACAGACGCGGGGUUCACCCUGCGCUGGGUGCGGAAAACCCCCUGGUACCAGUAAAGCCUCCGUGACUGACAUCAGGAAACCACUGAUCAGGAGCACAAACCUUUAGUUUCUGCAGCAGUUUGUUGUGUCCUGAAAGGGGGGGGGACGGCAGGACUUUCAGGCAUUCUCAGCAAGAAAACUGUGAGAUGUGAUGCCCUGCAGGUUUCAUUUACUGGAGUGAGCACAGCUUUACACUCCUGCUUUUCUGAGACUAUUUUGAAUAUAUAUAUUUUUUGGUAUGUUGUGUUACAAAACUUUAUCCAAUAGCAGGUAUAUAUUUUUUGCAUGAUUUUUUUUCUAUUUUAUUAAAUCUGACACGAAAAGAUGCUAGACUUCUAGCAGAUGUUUACUUUGAAUUUUUUUCCACAGAGUUUCCUAUUGCCUGUUGUAUAUACAAUUUAACAGUCUUUUAUUUUGCAGACAACACUCAGUUUAUUCAGAGUUUGACACUAAUGGGGGGUCCUGUGGGACUCUGAUCCGUCAUGGAGGAUCUCCUCGUCACCGAUCAUGUUUAUACUUGAAUAACUGAAACGUCUUUGGGUUGAAUGCUUAAGAAAUUUUAAAAAUUGGUUGUUGUCCGUUUUGAGGUAACUCUUUAUAGGCUGCAAGAACGAAAAUAAAAGAAUGGCAGAAGAAGAGACGAGUUCAAAAUGUUUUUAAGUGAGUUGAGGAGUAAAAAACAAUGCCAAAGGAUUUAUUUUUGGUUACUGUAAGGCACAUCAGAUUGUCUUAACUCUUAGUAUCCAGGUGAUUACCUACAAUGCAGCUCAUUUUCUGCAUCCUAUUGUGUUAUUUUGAGGCCUGUUCUCAAGAAAGAAAAGGAAACAAAACAAAAAAGAAGAUGCUUGGAUGUUUGCAUCUCUUUUGAGCCAUUUCUUUCUCUGUUUUGUAUUUUUGGUGCUCGCACACUCUGUAACAGUUGAACUGUUGGGAAUUUAAAGCAUCCUUCCAAUACCUUCUUCUCCAAACUUCUGGUGCAACACAGUUUUUUCUUACAACCCUGGUGGUUUAAAGCAUAAAGUUCAGUAGGAGGCUGUCAAUCUAGCAAGCAGCCUGUUUUUAAGGCUUAGAACUAAAUUUUGAUAACCUAGAACUGAAUAAAGCCUAUUAAUCAGUUAAAGCAUAGUUUAAUCCUUUUUUUUUGUUAAUUGGAAAGACAUUUUCAAAUAUUUGCUACGUCUUUUCUCCUAAGACGAUGAUAGUCAGAACUGAGCACCACAUUUUUUUCCUGAUAUUUCAGCUUCAUUAGAGCAUGUAGCAGUGACUAGUCCCUCACUUAAAGCCUCAAGACGCCAAACUGUGUGGAAGCUGUUUUCAUUUACAACCAGAAUGUUGUAUGAUGGACUCUCGCCCUGCCAACACAUCUGCCGUGCCUUGAAAGAAUAAAUGACUUUAAAAAUGA